GCGCGCGUAGAGCGUAAAGUAGCGUAGCCACGCUUCUUGCACAUCGCCGUACGCGCGUCACGUCUGGUCCGAACCGUCUGAACAUUGUCGCGAACGAGCGCCGCCGCGAUUCCUGCGAUUCCUUUCAAGAACGCGCGCGCGCGCGAAGAUUGCCGUGAUCAAAAUCGCGAAUAAUCGGGAAAGGAGCGGGCAUUCAAGUCAGUUCGAGCGAACUCUGUCGAAGGAGAAAGAGUGGGAGACCGGAUUUUCUCUUCCAUUUUGAAAGAACAAGCGGUUUGUGCCUGAUUAUCAGCGUUAUUCUGACAUCUCGGUCGAUAGUGCUUCCUUUUUCUUUUGUUUUGGUUUCGACACCUGCGGUGUCGGCUCUGAGAAACCGGAGGAUCAAGGAACGCCGUGUCCCGCAGGGACGAGAUCCAUUUUGGAAAGGAGGCAAACGGUCGAAUUGGAAACGGCGUCAUUUUUGAUGCAUUUGACGACAGUGCCUUUCACUCCGGACAUUCGUCGUGUUAAUUGAGAAAAAAAGGACGUUAAAAAAGUGAAGAAGAGUCGCUGAAAGAGAGAAAGAGAGAGUCUCAAUUUCGUAAAAAAAAAAUAAAAUCAUCCAUCACUGCUUUUUAAUAUAUUUGGCAACAGUGUUUUUCGUCGUAGCUUCCAUUAAUAUUUCGGGAUCUUCGAAUCUCGAUUCUUGUGAUUCUUCGACAAAACAUGAAGGUGAUAGCGAACGUGCUCGAUAAAAUCAGCGAUCAUCGUGACAUAUAUUUGAUGUUACUUUCACGACAACCGUAUUUUUUGAACACCUUAUCUACAUCUGUGUUACUUUGUGAACUUCAGAAACGAUAGUGACGUACACAGUGAGCAGAAUGUUCAGUUUUCAUAAACCAAAGGUGUAUCGAUCUAGUACAGGCUGCUGCAUUUGCAAAGCUAAAUCUAGCAGUUCGAGAUUCACAGAUAGUAAAAAGUAUGAGGAUGAUUUUAUGCUAUGUUUUCAACUUGAUGAGAGGCGUAGCGGAGAAAUAUGUAAUGCAUGUGUGCUUCUAGUAAAAAGAUUUAAGAAGUUGCCUCCAGGAAAUGAUCGCAAUUGGAGACAUGUUGUGGAUGCACGUGCUGGUCCUGGUAUUAAGUCACUAACAAAAUUUAAAGCAAAAAAUAAAAGAAAAGUUAAAGAUAUAUCUGACAAACUCGCUAAGAAGAAACAUGUCUAUGUAAAAACAGAAACUGAUCGAGAACAAAGCCCAUCAAUGAGCGAUGAUUUAAUCGAAGAUUAUACAUUGGCAGAUAGUAAAGCUUCGAGCAGAUCGGAAAGCAUCUCGGAUGAUGACGAUGAUAUUGGCUCUAAUGACAAACAAUUAGAUCUCGUUCAAGAUCAGGAUAUGAAUGAAGAUAAUGAUUUUUUAGAUUUAUCUUAUUAUAAAAGAGAAAUUAUUUGCUGUGGCAGCAUUUUCAGAGGUGCCAAUGGUGAGAUUAUAAUGUAUCCAUCUAGCCUGAAACCUUGCGUAAAUCUUGCCAGGCGGCAACUUCUUUCUUCUUUAACAGUCGCCAGUCCCACUCAUAGUUCUGCAUCCACCAGUCCUAUUCAUAGCGUUGAAUUGCCAUCAUCAAGUUCAGAAACAAGUUCAAAACAAACAAAGACAGAUAGCGACUCUUCAUCCGAUUCUGGUUACGAUGAAUCCUCCAAUCAGGGUGAGAGCAAAAUAGCGAAGAAUGUUCAAGUUCAGGCAGAUGUGAAAAUGAUAGAGGAAACUGUGAGACCUAUAGAACUCGAUCAGUUAUCGAGUUGCAAAACCUUGCAAUCCGUCACUGUUACUAAUCAGUCACUUCAAUCGGUCUCCAAUUAAUGUCGGCCCUUUAUAGAGGGUUAAUUUAUUCCUUUACUUAUGACACACACGCAUAAAUAUGUACAUAUGUAUACAGGGUGUCUUAAUAUAAU